GGCAAACCGAUCCACCGACAGCUGGCACCGGAGGCGAUGGCACGUCGGCUGCUUCGCUCUCCCGCCGGCAGCCUCGGGUGCCCCGUGCCAGCUGUCCACUCGGCGGCGCCGCCCCGGGGACCGGGAGCGGGAGGGCGGGAGGCGACGAGGAGGGAGGAGGCAGCAGCGGAGGAGGCUGGCCGGCCGGCACUCAGGCAGCCCCGGGUGAGCCCUAGCCUCUCUCGUAACGCUGAGCUCGGGGCUCCGGCGCCUGCCCGGCCGGCGUUCCCGCGCGGCCACAUGGCUCGGCUCCGCGCGCUGCUGCUGUCCUGCCUGCUGCCCCUGCACUGCGCGCUCUGCGCCGCCGCGGGCAGCCGGACCCCAGCAGGGCUGCGUCCCUCCGGAAGGCUCCGUGACUAUGGUGUGACAGUGCCCUGCAGCACAGAUUUUCGGGGACACUUCCUCUCCCACGUGGUGUCUGGCCCAGCAGCAGCCUCUGCAGGGAGUGCGGCAGUGGACAGGCCACCUGUACCACCCUCACACUCAGGUCACCUCCGGGUGGCCCGCAGCCCCCUGCACCACAAAGGAACUGCCCCGCCCCCCGGGCCUGGCUGGGCAAGGCGCUACUCCCUGUACUUCAAUGUUACUGUUUUUGGGGAGGAGCUGCACUUGCGCCUGCGGCCCAGCCGGCGGCUGGUGGUGCCCGGGGCCUCUGCGGAGUGGCAGGAAGACUUUCAGGAGCUCUUCCGACAGCCCUUGCAGCAAGAAUGUGUCUACACUGGGAGUAUCACGGGCAUGCCGGGGGCAGCUGUUGCCAUCAGCAACUGUGAUGGAUUGGCUGGCCUCAUCCGUACAGAUGUCACCGACUACUUCAUUGAGCCCCUGGAGCGGGGGCAGCAGGACAAGGAGGCGAGUGGGAGGACACACGUGGUGUACCGCCGGGAAGUCGUCCAGCAGGAGUGGGCGGAGCCCGGAGGGGACCUCCACAACGAAGCCUUUGGCCCAGGCGACCUUCCCAACCUGCUGGGCCUGGUGGGGGGCCAGCUGGGAGAAGUGGAGCGGAAGCGGCGACAUGCCAAGCCGGGCAGCUACAGCAUCGAGGUACUGCUGGCAGUGGACGACUCAGUGGUGCGCUUCCACGGCAGGGAGCAUGUGCAGAACUAUGUCCUCACUCUCAUGAACAUUGUGAAUGAAAUUUACCAUGAUGAGUCCCUGGGGGCUCACAUUAACAUUGCCCUUGUCCGCUUGAUCAUGGUGGGCUACCGACAGUCCCUGAGCCUGAUUGAGCGUGGGAACCCCUCCCGCAGCCUGGAGCAGGUGUGUCGCUGGGCGUACUCGCAGCAGCGCCAAGACCCCGGCCACGCAGAGCACCACGACCACGUCAUCUUCCUCACGCGGCAAGACUUCGGGCCCUCAGGGUAUGCACCUGUCACUGGCAUGUGCCACCCCCUGAGAAGCUGUGCCCUUAACCACGAGGACGGCUUCUCUUCGGCCUUUGUGGUGGCCCAUGAAACUGGUCAUGUGCUCGGCAUGGAGCACGACGGCCAGGGGAACGGCUGUGCGGAUGAGACCGGCCUGGGCAGCGUCAUGGCGCCCCUGGUGCAGGCCGCCUUCCACCGCUUCCACUGGUCCCGCUGCAGCAAGCUGGAGCUCAGCCGCUACCUCCCCUCCUAUGACUGCCUCCUCGAUGACCCCUUUGCACCUGCCUGGCCCCAGCCCUCGGAGCUGCCCGGCAUCGACUACUCCAUGGACGAGCAGUGCCGCUUUGACUUCGGCACCGGGUACCACACCUGCGCCGCGUUCACGACCUUUGAGCCCUGCAAGCAGCUGUGGUGCAGCCACCCUGACAACCCGUACUUCUGCAAGACCAAAAAGGGGCCCCCGCUGGACGGCACCGACUGCGAGCCAGGCAAGUGGUGCUUCAAAGGUCACUGUAUCUGGAAGUCACCAGAGCAGACAUACGGCCAGGAUGGUGGCUGGAGCUCCUGGACCAGCUUCGGGUCAUGUUCACGGUCAUGUGGAGGUGGAGUACGAUCCCGUAGCCGAAACUGUGACAAUCCCCUCCCAGCCUAUGGAGGCCGCCCAUGCUCCGGGCCCAUGUUCCAGUACCAGGUCUGCAACAGCGAGGAGUGUCCGGGGCCCUAUGAGGACUUCCGGGCCCAGCAGUGUGCCAAGCGCAACUCCUACUACAUCCAUCGGAACACCAAGCACAGCUGGGUCCCCCACGAGCCUGAUGACGAUGCCCAGAAGUGUGAGCUGAUCUGCAGGUCAGAGGACACAGGGGAUGUGGUCUUCAUGAACCAGGUGGUCCAUGAUGGGACACGCUGCAGCUACCGGGACCUCUACAGCGUCUGCGCCCGGGGCGAGUGUGUGCCCGUAGGCUGUGACAAAGAGGUGGGGUCCAUGAAGGCAGAUGACAAGUGUGGGGUGUGUGGCGGCGACAACUCCCACUGCCGGACUGUGAAGGGGACGCUGGGCAAGGCCUCCAAGCAGCCAGGAGCUGUCAAACUGGUACAGAUCCCAGCGGGUGCCCGGCACCUCCAGGUUGAGGAGCUGGAGAAGGCCCCCCACAGCAUCGCGGUGAAGAACCACGUCACAGGCAGCUUCGUGUUCAACCCCAAGGGCAAGGAGACCACUAGCAGGACCUUCACUGCAAUGGGCCUGGAGUGGGAGUACGUGGUGGAGGAUGCUAAGGCAAGCCUCAGGACCAGCGGGCCCCUGCCCGAAGCCAUCGCUGUCCUGGUGCUCCCCCCGGCUGAGGGUGGCCCCCGCAGCAGCCUGGCCUACAAGUACGUCAUCCAUGAGGACCUGCUGCCCCUAAUCGGGAGCAACAACGUUCUCCUGGAGGAGACGGACACCUACGAGUGGGCGCUCAAGAGCUGGGCCCCCUGCUCCAAGGCCUGCGGAGGAGGUAUCCAGUUCACCAAAUAUGGCUGCCGGCGCCGCCGAGACCACCACAUGGUACAGCGGCACCUGUGUGACCACAAGAAGAGGCCCAAGCCCAUCCGCCGGCGCUGCAACCAGCACCAGUGUCCCCAGCCUGAGUGGGUGAUGGAGGAGUGGGGCCCCUGCAGCCGGAGCUGUGGGAAGCUGGGGGUGCAGACCCGGGGAGUGCAAUGCCUGCUGCCCCUCUCCAACGGCACCCACAAGGCCGUGCCAGCCAAAGCCUGCCCUGGCGAUCGGCCCGAGGCUCGGCGGCCCUGCCUCCGAGUGCCUUGCCCAGCUCAGUGGCGGACGGGAGCCUGGUCCCAGUGCUCUGCCACCUGCGGAGAGGGCAUCCAGCAGCGGCAGGUGGUGUGCCGGACCAACGCCAACAGCCUCGGGCAGUGCGAGGGGGACAAGCCAGACACCGUCCAGGUCUGCAGCCUGCCCGCCUGCAGAGGAAGUCUCCAGAACUCCACAGUGAGGGCUGAUGUCCGGGAAGUCGUGACCCCAGGCGGGCAGUGGGUGCCACAGUCUGGGCCCCUACAUCCUGUUAACAAGAUAUCAUCAAAGCCCUGCACGGAGGACAGGUCCGUUCUCUGUCGGAUGGAAAUGCAGGAACGCUACUGCUCCAUCCCCGGCUACCAGCGGCUGUGCUGUAAGUCCUGUACCAGGAAAGCCUCAGGCCCCGAAGCCAGCCCCGGCCCCAGCCGGGCCUCACCACCGCCCUUCUCCAUUCGGGGGAGCCCCUCCCCAGAAGCCAUGGCCCCUCCAGAUGCUGUGGAACCCACUGUGGAGCCAACGAACUCAGACAACCAUCUGCACGGUCGACCUACACAGCUCCCAGGACCCCUGGGCACAAGCUCCCCAGUGACCCAGCACCGCUUUACUCCCCAGAAACUGAGCCCUGGAACAUUCCGGGUUACUUCCCCUAGCACCACCCAGUGGCUGCCUCGGGGAUGGACCACAGGCGCACCUCUGCCAGCCUCUGAGGGUAAAGGGCAGCUCAGUGGAGACCUGACGCAUCCGGGCACCAGCCCUCCUGGCACCAGCCCUCCCGCCACCUCCCCCGUGACAUGAACCCUGUCCAGCCCACCCCACCAGUCAAGUUUACACUAGAGACCCACAGCUCAGAGGACAUGCAGCAGGCCAGUGGCAAGCACAGACUUCCUUUUAAAUUAUUUGUCUUCUUGUUCUAGUUAUGGGCUGUGAUACUUCUAACCCAUGAGAAGGGUGUGUGAGGAAGAAAAAAAUAUCAGGGAAAGCCCUAACCUGAGAUACCUCAGCAAGCAGCCCAGGUGACCGAGAUGAACCUCUCAGAUGCUCCCAUCUGUCUCCCCUGCCAGGACCAAGGGCCUGCUAAUGCCCUGUCCUUACAGCCACUGAUGCGUGCCUUUCCAGAACUGUGGGGCCCUGCGGAGGCCCUGUCAACUGGCCCAUGUGCCCAGUGACAGGGGGUCCAUAGGGCAGGCAGUCAGAGAGGAAGGGAGCUGGGGUGAGUGUGGUCGUGAGGCUCCAGCUGCAGUGCUGGGGCGGAUGGGAGGCGAGUUCAUCUCAGGCCCAGCGCAUUGUAGCCAGAGCUCCAUUCAGCUCUUCCAGCCAAGGCCACGACGAUGUGGAGCCCAGCUCACUGGCGCUGGCUGGAGGGCACUGCCGGUGGCCACCUCUGCCCAGCAGACAGCCUCACUCAAGCUCACCCAAGAAGAGGACUCUGAGCACUCUAGAACGUGUCUUCCUCAUCCAGAGGUUUCCCGGCUGGUGCUAGAGGUCUGGCUAGGCCAGAAAUGGCAACUUUGUCUUCACUCUGGGACGCCAGGGAGACGGCCUGGAAGGGGACUUUGUGGGCCACAGAGGGAGAUGUGAGUUCUCAGGCUGUGCCCUGUCAAUCAUUGCCCUUUUACCAAAGACCACUCCUGCUGGAGUUAGGGGUCUGCUCCCCGCACUGGCUCCAGCUGGGCCAGAGGGUUGUGGUGCUAUUGGGGGGUGGGGUUCAGGCCCCAAGGCUGAGAUCCAGAGUCUACUCAUAGCUGGGCCCUGGAGAUGACAGGGGCCACCCAGGGCCAGAUAUGAGCCUCUGCCCCUUGCCAGGGUGGGGAGUAGACAGGGACCCACAGUGCUAUGGUGCUUCAGCCACCCCUAUCCUCCAAGGGCAGGUAACCUCCCUAGAUACUCCGGCUCUUGGAAGCCACCUAAAUACCCAAGGGAUCCUUACUCCAAGUCGUGCAGAGGGUCUUUCAGACUCUUCAGCAGGUGAUACAGGUGCUUGCUAGUUCUUCCUCCCCCAGGGCAAGGGGCUAUUCUGAGCCACGCUGGAGGAAUGGGAGCAGGGGGUUGAGUGGAGAAGAGAGCCCUAGAUGGGGGCUCCCGCCUGCCUUCUCCCCCUGCCACCUGCCCCUCUCUGGGUGCUGGGCACACACUGAAUCAUUCCCGAGACCCAGUCUGCCUGUGUUAAGGGCUGUAAACUCUGCGCUUGAAAUCCAGAUCUUUAAAUUUUUAUGUAUUUAUUAACAUUGUCCUCAGUGUU